CGCUCGCUGCAUUCUUUGCGUGUCUGGACAGAGGCCUCAGAUAUGAGCUGCAGUGUGUCCACACAUUGUCCUCAUCGCGGAGCUUCCUCAGAAAUCUUCCUCCAGGCAGGGGGGGGAAGGAGCUCGUCCUCCUGGAACUCAUCAGGAUGUCCCAAUAAAUAACAGAACGCUUCAGGCCUGCAAAUCAUUCUGCUCUGACAAGUUUCCACAAGUGCUCUGUCUAUAAUUGAAGCUCCUGCAACAGCUUAUUUAAAGAGGUGCUGUUUAGACUCCCAGAGGAGAGCGAGGUUAGCGUUUAUGACUUCCAGGUAAUGAUUUCACCACAGUGUGCCGUUUGGAAGGCGGGAAGCUGGACCUCCAGAGCAGAUCACGGUUUCAAAAUGAAUAAAAUCAAACAGCAUUUCGUCAUCUUCAUCGCCAUGUUAGCCCUGCCGUGCACCGUCCAGGCCUUACCGAGGACAGACCCUCCCAUCCUUCCCAGCCACCCCUUCCUGUUCAUGUGGAACGCCCCAACUGAGCUGUGCGACGUCCGCUUCGGCAUGCCGCUCGACCUCUCGUGCUUCCACUUGGUCAGCAGCACGUUGAGAACGGCAACCAACCAGAGCAUCUCCAUAUUCUACACCGACCGCUUCGGCAUCUUCCCCUACGUGGACGAAGACACCGGCGAGAUGUACGACGAGGGCCUGCCGCAGCUGAUAGACCUGCAGGAGCACCACGAGCUAGCCGAGGACGACAUCGAGUACUACAUCCCCGCCGACCAGCCGGGCCUCGCCGUGCUCGACUUUGAGGAGUGGAGGCCGCAGUGGGUCCGAAACUGGGGCAGCAAAGACAUCUAUCGCCAGAUUUCUAUUGAGACGGUCCUGAAGAAGAACGCCUCGUUGUCCGACGAUGAGGCCGAGGACCGAGCGAAGAUCGCGUUCGAGCGUGCGGCCAAGAGGUACUUUCUCCGAUCCAUCCGCAUCGGGAAGAGGCUGAGGGCCAAAAGGCUCUGGGGUUACUACCUGUACCCCGACUGCUACAACUACGACUACAACCAGGACAUGGCGGGUUUCACCGGAGAGUGUCCCGCCAUCGAGAAGGACAGGAACGACGAGCUGCUGUGGCUCUGGAGGGAGUCCACGGCACUCUUUCCAUCCAUCUACCUGGAGCUGGUGCUCAAAGACUCCCGGCAGGCCAGGCUAUAUGUCCGGCAUCGCAUCCAGGAGGCCAUGAGGGUGUCGACGCUCCCCGACAGCUCCUACUCCAUCCCUGUCUACGCCUACAUCCGCCCUGUGUACAAGGACAGCACUGACGACUACAUGUCAGAGUUCGACCUGGUGAACACCAUCGGGGAAGCUGCCGCUCUCGGCGCUGCCGGCGUUGUUUCCUGGGGAGACAUGAACGUCACAGACACAGAGGACUCGUGCUUUGAUGCUCGACACCACCUGGAGCAAAUCAUGAACCCAUACAUCCUGAACGUCUCCACGGCAACGCGACUCUGCAGCGAGGCUCUCUGCCAGGGCCGAGGACGCUGCGUGAGGAAGCGCUGGGACGACGACGUCUUCCUUCACCUGGACUCCAGGCGUUACCGGAUCCAGCGGCAGCGCCGCGGCGGCCCGCUGGCUGUGAGCGGCGGCCUCUCGCAGGAUGACAUCAACUGGUUCGACCGCAGCUUCGACUGCAUGUGCUACAGCGAGGAGCCGUGCAGGUCGGUCCUGACGCUCAACAUCAUCCACGAGGCCGUCGGCACCACGAGGAACCGAGGUGCUGAGAGGCCCGCCGGCGCCCUGCUGGUGAUGAUGCUACUGUGUAUGAAGUACGUUCUGACGUGAACAGAAGGAACACAAACCUGAUACCGGAGAUGCAAAACAUGUGGUUCCAGGCAGUUAAAGGACAAUUCCACUGUUUUUAAAUCUCUUCUUUAGU